AUGAGAGUCAUACUCAUUGUGACGGGGCGAAAGUAUAAGCUUGUUUCCCUGGUGGACAAUUUUCCAGUGGGUCGUAUCCACCGUCAUCUCAAGUCUAGGACUUCUGCAAAUGGGAGAGUUGGGGCCACUGCUGCUGUUUACUUGGCUUCUAUCCUUGAAUACCUGACUGCUGAGGUUCUUGAGUUGGCUGGAAAUGCGAGCAAGGAUCUGAAAGUGAAGAGAAUCACUCCAAGGCAUCUGCAGCUGGCUAUUAGAGGGGAUGAGGAGCUUGACACCCUUAUAAAGGGUACCAUUGCUGGAGGUGGUGUCAUCCCUCACAUUCACAAGUCCCUAAUCAACAAAACUACCAAGGAUUAGUUAUGUCUGAUUUCAAAUAGUUGUUGACCUUUGAGUACUUUUAUGAUCUGUUAUGUGACUUGGUUUUAUUGUAGGCUUUGUUUAAUCUGUCUAGUAGAUCUGGUCAGUAUAUAUGCUGUAACUCUCUAGGCUUGUUCCUUUGAACUUGGGAUCCUUGUUUAGAGUAGGGAUGAUGUUUGUUGAAUAGUUUUAACUGUGGUUUCCCUAGAUAUUUUAUCUGAUUCUGGCUGUGAAGUUUAGUGUCUGCAUUUGACAUGAU